ACGUCACGCCCUAUUUCGGGUCGUACUUGCUAUUUUAAUCGGUCAAUAACGUAAAUAAAUGGAAUAAAUUAAAAUGUACGGACUGCUGUGUUUGCUGUUAUUCAGCAGUGCAUAUGCGCACGAAUAUAAUGCAAUCGAAACCGAAAUGUUCGCGAUACCAAUAAGCCCUAACCUAUUUAAUUGGACAUACCAAGAGUUCGAUCAGCAAUACCGCUUCCACGCAUCCUUAAUAGGCAAACCUGAGCUUCCGUCUUGGUUGCGGUACAUCUACAGUGGAAGACAUCACUCUGGAUUCAUAUUUGGAACUCCACCGAGAGGCACUGAUUCGCCUAUUACGUUAGAGGUAAUUGGUUUAAAUCGUCAAGACUAUGAAACACGAAGAGUUUUACUGACGCUCCGUGUUCAACCCAAAUUGAAUAUGGCAAAGCAUGAAGUGGAGCUUAAAAUUGACAAUCUAAAUGUGGAGGAUUUACUGGAUGAGCACAGAAUGACCCGCCUCAAAGACAUAUUGCGAACAAAGUUAUGGACGGAAAGCAGUGGCGACCUCUACGCUACAUUUUUAGCUUCCGCUAUCGACUUAGGUGCUAGACAUCCAUUGAAACCUAGUGAUGGAGAAGGCCUAGUGGUCCGCUUAGGCAGCAUAACACCCUUCUCAACUGAAUUACAACGACUGCGAGAAGAAGUGAGACCGCUAUCUCGUCUCCCGAGCUGUCCUCGUGAAUUCAAGCGUACUACAGUCGAAAGGCUGUUUAGAGACGCUGGACUGACGCUUGACUGGUGCAGCUUUGAACUGUACAAUACAAUAUACAAUGACCGCAGCACACUCCAUUUGGAAUAUUUAACGGAAAUAUCAAACACAAAUGUGGAUUCAAAACUUCCUCUAAAAACCAGCUCUUGGUCAGCUCCGAGCAGAUACGAUCUGCCUAGUAGAAGUUACAUUCACCAAGUGUCCGUGACUAUAGCUGUUCCAUUAGUACUUUUGCUGCUCUCUGUUGCCGCAUUGAGCGCUGUUCUCUGCUUUCAUUAUGCUUCUAUGAGAGAUCCAGAAUCAGAACGCUUUUUGAACGACAUUUUUCAUAUCUGUAUAGAUUAUAGAAAGAGGAGAGCUAAUAAAUCAAAAGUCGAGCUUUGUAGAUAUGGAACUGGCAACACCGAGCAAAGUCAAAUUGCUGAUGAUGUAAGCACCAGAAGCUUAGGAACAAGCCCAAACAACAGCUUACCUCGCCCAUACAGCCCAAAGUCAACGACGAACUUAGCUGGAAAUUACAAUCGACCACAGCCGCCGCCCUACCUCGGCUCGGUCACCAACUCCCUCCACCAUCGCAAAUCUCACACACCAUCGCACACCCCAGAACAUCGCCAUCUCGCGCUAGAAGAAUCCCUUAAACUUCUAAACGAAGCGAACAUCACAGAACUUGAUAAUCUAUUGAAGAACCCAAUCGUCGAUUUCAACGACGGCGCCGAAGACUACGUCCCAAUAAAACCCGAGUUUGUAAAACCUGAAAUCGGUUUUACGGUUAAACCGGUUAAUGAGGAUUUGGCCAGGUAUGGUGUUGCGGGCGUGGGCCCCAUUUGACAAGAUGACAAUGGAAAAGCUGUCAAGACUUGGUUUUGUUAAUGCUUCGAAUUAAUAUACCAAGCGAAGGCAUUGCAUUCCUUCGGCAUUUAAAUCUUUGAUAUUUUCAGUAAAAAUAUAUACACAUACAUAUAAUAAAUUUAACACAUUUACUAGGAUGUGUUGAUUACACGGGUCAACAAAAAUAAGACUUUUAAAGCUAAAAAAAUCGAUAUUUUAUGUAUAAUUAGACGAAAAAAAUGUAUAGCAUUAAAAGUUUGCUUUUGUAUUAAGGAGAUAGUUAUUUAUUUUAACCUGUGGUUUUAAUUUUUAAGUAAAGAUGUAACCAUUCAAAUUAAUACUUUUAUUCAUGGCAUGGAUGGCACUCAACGAACAGUUGUACUGUUCGUUGAGUGCCAUCUAGCGAAACAGUGAGAAAGUAAAAACCCUGAUUGCGCGCUAUUUUUGAAAGUAUAAAAAUGUGUUUAGAAAAAAUAACAAAAAUGAGUAUUAUUACUAUAAGAUCAAAAGCAAACUUUAUACCAGAAAAGGUAUUUCCUUUCUUUUUAUUGCAUAAUUAAUCUAAAAAUCAUAACAUUAACUUUAGAACAAAGAACGAAAAUUUUUUGUGGAGUCAUUUUUUAUGCCUACCCUCCAUGGGCGUUUGGAACUAAACGAAAUCCUCAAUUCGUUCGGAAUUCGACUUUUGGUAAAGUCGUUUCGUUCGUUCAAAAACUAAUAUUUUAGGAAUGUCGUUAAAUUUCUGAGAAACGUACGGGUUUCAAUAAUUUACUAACCGUUAUAAAAUUUUAACAUUAAAAAAUAUUUACCUCCACAUAUAUGUUGUAUUAUAUUUAGCGAUUAUACAAAAUACUGUUAAAAUGCACUCUAAAUGUUAGAAGGUUAGAUUUAGAGUAGAGAACGCGAACUGUUUUACUUAGAACUUAGAAUAGUAAAUCUGUUUAUAACUGAGUCAAAUCACUAGUCAAUGUAUCAAAUUCUAGUCGAAUAAAACUUUACAUAAAGUA